UUCAUCGAGCCACGGCACGAGGUCCGUUAAGAAGCCCAGUGGCGACGAACCCGUUCGAGACGAGGAAUUAAUCAGGCCGAUCGAGGGAGCGAGUGAGUGAGCCAGCGGUUUUUCCCGCGGAUUAUUCGAGCGAGAAGAGAGAAAGACGGACCAUGAAGAACGCCCAUCCGAUCGUCAACGCGACGGCCUCCGGUCCGGUCGGUCCGGAUUCCACGAGUCUCGACGAGUCAGCGGAGCCGGUCAUCCGGCUCAAGGUGCAGAAACCGCUGCACUGGGAGUGGGAGUUGACGACAUCCGCCGACGCGUUGCCCGUCAUCCAGCUGCUCGACAAGGACGGUCGACUCCUGGUAGAGACCACUGGCCGAACGGCGCAAAGAGCCAGAGGUUCCUUCAAGGAAGGCCUGAGGAGCCACGAGCAAUUUUCCGUCGACGAAUCCGGAACCAGCUCGCGCAGCAAAACUGAGCAAACGUCUUCGCCGUCGACGUCGUCCGCGUCAACGUGCGUCGCGACGGUGAUUCAAGGUAACCGCAACAUCGAUGGCUUCAGCAGCAAAUUCGGCACGUGUAACUUUGCACCGCGCAAGUCGCGCAGUGAUAUCAACAUCAAGGAGAACCGCGGCAGCAAGGGGAAGAGGCAUUCAUCGGAGGACCCGAAGACACGGAAGACGAAGAGCGAGAAAAACGUCGGAGAGGGAGUGGGAUUCAAAAACUAUUCGGCCGGGGAUUAUUUGCGGCAGCAGAUCAUGGACGACUUGCGGACGCGCAGCACCAUCGGCAAGACCACCGAGGAAAUCGCCAAGAACAGAUGCAGGAAGGUCAAAGCGUACCUGAGGAGUCGGAGCGAGAAUCUGCUGAGCCUGGUUCGCGAGGAAGAAUGCAGUGGCGGGAUUGAGGAUAGGGUUGAAAUCGGAUCGCGCGGAAGGAAUCUAGAAAGUCGCGAUCUGAAGAGGAGCGACACGGUCGACCUCGAAACAAAACGAAGUUCGAGAGACAGCGAAGCAAUGAAACCGUAUCUGCGUACUCGGAGUACCAUGCUGUGGAACGAGCCGGCGACGAUGACAAAUUCGGAAACAAACGAAGUGGAGAGAGUAGUCCGCAAGAUUAAGGACGACAUGAACGAGGAGGAACUGGUGAGGAUCAGGGCGUUUCUACGCGAGAAGAUACAGCGACGGAUGAAUAUGGAACAGGCGCUCGUUCGCGCCGCCGUUCCGGAAACGCUCGGAAACGCCGGGAUCAGGAAGAGAUACUCGGACUACGUUCACGAGGGCGAUCGCAGGAACUACAGAACGCGGAAAGUGCGUAGCGAGACGAAUAUUCUGCGAUUCGAUCCCGAAGUGCUCGCGAGGGAGAGGUUGAAAGCCAGCAAACAAUCAGAGAAAGAAAAGCCGACGACGAGUUGCAAAGAGUCCUCAGAGGAUUCUUUGUUUCAAAGGCAAUUACGCAAUUAUCGGCGAUCGAGGAGCGAGGUCUUGAGGGAGCCUUCAGAUAAUCAACCUGGGCAGGACGAUCGAUCGCAACCGCAGCUGAAGAGGCAAUCGUCAAGUGUGGAGAGGAAAAAGAUUUAUCGAAAGACCAAGAGCGACGUUUUGCUUGGACAAGCGGCGGCGGCGGCGAUCAAUGCGGACAACGAACAACAAUUCAAGGAUCUCGGAAAUCCUCCGAGACGUAUAAAGAGCCAGGAGAAUGUGGAGAGGUCCUGGCGGGAGUACAAAGAGCGGAAGAGAAGCGAGAGGCUCCACCGAGGCACGGGGAGAGAAGUGCCCGAGGAGGACGACUUCAUGAACAAGCCGAGAUGGAAGGACCUGCAACGCGACCUCUGCUCCUCGCGCAACUGCAAGGUCUGCCAAAACUUGAGAAACUGCGUGGACCCACUUCACGAGCGAGACGAGAAGCGUAUCUCGCGUCAAGAGGCGGAAGCUGCGCCGACAGCGCGGCGAGACACCGUCGCCAAAGUUCCCGAGGACGAGACGUCGUCGAACAACAGCGGCAGCAGACCCGGCACCAGCCUGCAGGAGAAUUACUUGCUGAUGGACGAGAGGGACACAAACGGACUUCGAUCGCCAAUCGUCGGCAAGAUCCGUGCGAAGAAUCGCGACGACGAGAUCGGCAUCAAUUCCCCGGAUUUCGGCUACAAUACGAUCCUCCCGAAGAGCGUCCUCAAGGACUAUCGGGAGCUGUACGCCCGCUCGAACGUGAAGAAGAGCGACACUUUCAAGAUUGUCGACGGUAGUGAGAAUCCGGAGGAACACACAGACGACUGCAACUCUACAAUAAAUGGUUCCGAUGGUGAUCUCGGCUAUCUGAACGGCGUCGGCUCGCUCGCGAAUAAAUCGAACGAGGACAUCACCCGAGAUUACUUCAAGAGAGUUUACGAACUGCUGAAGAGAAGGCAGGAGGAGGCGCGGAGAGUGGCGAACGGGAGCCACGAGAUUCCGACCCAGGGCGACUCUUCGUCCUCAAAUUACGUCGAAGAGGUGCAACGGAGGAAGCAUCGGCGCAGGCGGAAGGACAAAAGCCCACAAGGCGAGGAAGUGGUGACAGUACCGUCCACCAGCAGCACCCAGGAGGGCUGGAAGGUGCAGAGAUUGUCCGUGAACGGCGACUCGCAGCAGCAAUCGAGCAAUCGUCGCCGCAGCUGCAGCAAUAGGUCGCAGUUGCAACCGGUACCCGUUUCCGGUGGCAAGAGGAACCGGCCGGCGCCACCACCGCCAUCGCAACCGGUAUCCUGUCGGGUCAGUGCCAAGGAUCAGGUUGACAGUUACUUCGUUGACUGGCCGAACAAAGAGAACACGCCUGGAAAUGCUGUGAACCGCUGCGAAGAUAAUCACCAGGCGAACCACGUAUUCGGAACAAUCGACGAGUCGACGAUGGGCUCGAAUCUCAGCAGGCACAGCGGAAAGGGCCUCACCGGCCGGCGCACUCAGUCUUCCGGAAACUUGUGCGAUCCUAAGGGAAAGCUCAACAGCAUGGGGAAGAUAUUGGUGCCCUGUUCCAGUGCGCAGAGAGAAAGAUAUAAAUUUUGCGGCUCUUUACCGAAUCACCUGGAUGAUAAGGAUGACGAUCAGCGGGACAACAACAACAUGUCCGAGACCAGCGGUAGCUUCGGCGGCACGUUGCCGCACAAGAAACGCUCGUUAGGGGUGCACUUCUCGGACAGCGGGCCGACCGGCACUUUGGAUCUCGUUAAGCACCGAUCACAAGACUCGUUGGACGAGAAUGAUCCUUGGAGGUAUCAGCAAAGCGAUCUUGAUCUGGUGCGAUGUCGUCACGGCAACUUCGACUCGGUGAAGAGAAAUCGCAGCGCCGACACGGUGCUCGUCGACUCUGGAAGGCGGUACGGCCGCGGUGUCUCCUCCGAGGACAGAUGCCAACGAAACUCGGACCUCGACUUGGUCGGCACGCUGCCGAAGCGCAAGCAGGAUGCGCGGAACAGCAGCGGCAGGAGUCUGGGAUCGAACUCGUCAUCCUCGCAGCCGUGCAUAGUGAACACCGCCACUGCCAAUGUUGCCGCCCACGUCGACGACGAUGAUCUACUGAUGAAGUUGAUGCACAAACCUGACUGCGAACUGCUGAAGCAUCGCCAGCAAUUUGGAAAGUGCCCCGACCUGAAGCUGAACAAGCUGAUGAGCGGCGAGCCGCAGGACCAGGGAUAUGCAUCUGAGCGAUCGCCAGAGGACGAGCAUCCUCCGUCGCUGCCGGGACAACCGUUUCCAAACGUGACACCAGAGAACACAUUCCGCGUGAUUCUGCAGAAGAGUAGUCGCGGCCUCGGGCUGAGCGUUUCCGGUGGCGGCACCGCGGGACCCGUCCGGGUGAAGAGGCUCUUCCCGCAGCAACCGGCUGCCAUGUCCAACAAACUCCAGAUUGGCGACAUACUGCUGGCUGCCAACGGGGUCCCGCUGACCGGCCUCACCAAUUAUGAGGCUCUCGAAGUUCUGCGUACGACGCCCAGUACGGUCGAGUUGGUGGUGUGUCGGCUUCCAGGAGAUAGUAAUGUCACGCCACCCGGUGCACCGCCGCCACCCCCGGCAAGACGGGAGCCAUCGUCGUUACGUUUACUCAACCCCCUGCCGCCCCUGCAGAUCGAGCCUUGCGGCGAGUUCGACAUCGAGAUGACGAAGGUUGGCGGCAGUCUAGGUUUCACCCUGAGAAAGGUGGAUAGCAGUGCCCUAGGUCAUUACGUACGAGCGCUGGUGCGAGAACCGGCGUUGAGCGAUGGAAGAAUCCAACCGGGUGACAAGAUUGUCGCAGUGGAUGGCGCGCCACUCUCACCGAUGUCGCACGAGGAGGCAGUCCAGCUGCUGAGACAGUGCGGACCGACGGUGAAGCUGCGGCUGUACCGCGACCUGGCGCAAACUCCGGUCUCAGCGCUGUCGCCGACAGAACCUGAUCAUCCUCUCCGUCCACCACGAACGAGCUUGAGACAAGAGGCGGUGGAUAUGUUGUGCGAUUUGGCGGUUCGCAAACUGUCACCCGGUACGUCGAGCGGAUCCAGCAGUUGCAAGCAGCAAUCGCCCGGUGCAUCAUGCAAUUCGCCACGAAGACUGCGUCGACUCGCCACACGUACUCCCACUGCCGAGAUGGAUCAAGAGAUCUCUGAGAGCAAGUUGCACGAUGUGCGAACGUCGUCGUCGACGGCCAGCCAGGCGGAGACUACGUCGGACUCGGAUCAGUGUUCGGUGCGGACGCAGAUCACCAAUUCCCAGGCGAACACACCCGCGACCGACAUAAUAAUCGAUCCGCCGCCGCUCUACGUCGUCUGCGACGACGACGGCGACGGCGACGGCGACGGCACGUCGAGGAUGACGCCCUGCAACGCAACAGUCGCCAGACCACGUUUCCUGGAUCUGUCGGCGCCGCAGGGUAAGCCACAUUUCCAGUUCUGCAGCGUCGACUCAGACGGGGAAUAUCCUGGCGAGGACGUGAUCCUCGCCGAAGCAGAGCGCAGCCGACUGGCUGAACCGAGCUACAACGAUGACAGGAGCGUGACGGUGCUGUCAAGCGACGAGCACGACAACGACCUGCCAUCCGAGCCGGCCUCGAUGCCGCCAGUGCUGUCGUCCACCAGCAGCACCAGCACCGCCGCCUUCAGCUACAAGAAUCCAGCCUAUCAGAGUGCCAAUCCGGCCUGUGGCGGUGCCGUCAGCGAUCCGGCUGUGCCCAAGAGCAAGGCCACCCACUCGAGCGAUCAAGACAUACCGGGGAAGAUCCUGGGAACGGACGAUCCAGCUGGUAGCAAGGGACUGCUGAAGUGGAAGGGCGUGAUGUUCGCUCCGAACGACGAAGUGGAUCAAGCCGCCGAUCAUGAUCAGGUGGACGCCGGAAGGGACACCACGGACUCGGUUGUCGGCGCUGAAGACGUCAAGCAGGAUAGCGAGGUGUUCAUGGUGGAGCUGACGCGUGGGUGGAACAGCCGGCUGGGCUUCAGCUUGCAACCAGAAGGAAAUCGCACGGUAAUAUCGGUCGUGCAUCCUGAUAGCGUCGCGGCCAAGGAUGGCAGGCUCAAGCAGGGUGACGUGUUGCUGAUGGUUAACGAGGAGAGCGUGGAGCACAUGUCGACCGCUGACAUAAUAGAUCUGUUGCGCAAAAUACGUGGCUCGAUAGGCAUCACUGUGAUGAGGAAGUCCAAGCGAGAGAACGUGACGUGACGUAAAUCUAGUACACGAUCGAAAUAAUUAAAACAUAAAAAAACCGUAAAAGGAACGAUUUGAUCAACGUAUGCCUAAUCAGUGAUGGAUUUGACAAUUUGGAAGCCUGACGUAUAGAAGAGAUGCACCGCGAAACCGAGCCAGACAUAAUUUUCAACGAAAUAUAUAUAAGAAAAGAAUAAUCAAUAAGAAAUAAAUACUCGAGAUAAAGAAAAAAAGACACAAUAGAUGCCGUAAAUCUUCAGCGACGAACGAGAACUAAAUUCGCCACUGUGAGUAACGAUGAAAGAUCGUCCGUGAGAAAGAAGAAGUAUCUUCUCAAGAUAAUCUUAUCAUAUUUUCUAUCAAGGAGCCAGCGCGAACACCGCUGACGGCGCGAAAAAGAUCGUCUUUGGUGUCCUGGUUAAGUUUAAAGAGUGCAAGACCAGAAAGAGAAUGAUAUAAGAAAAAUUUGACGAUCAUCAAGAAUGACUUCGAAAGAAUAUCCGUUUAUCUGUGAGAAUUUCUCAAGGGAAACCACGAAGAUUUGAAAUCAAGAGGGCACGUCAAAUGUUCAGCUGCGAACUUGUAUCAUUUGUGGCUUCAGGUCCGCUGCAAUUGCAGCACUCUAACGUGAUUUAUUGGCUGUUAUCCCGGAGAAGAGCUUUCAACAUAAUUGAAUUGGCAACCUGAGUUGCGCAUUAAUUGUAGAAUAGUCGAAACAUCUUGAAUCUCAUUCAAGGCGCCCGUUAAUGAUGAUUCCCGAUCACGUAAUACUCUCGAAAAGCCUGUUGUAUUCUCUUACGAUAUUAACGCGCGCUUCAGCAGCAAAUUCGAGAAUCAAAGGGCAAAUCAAAAUGUGAGAUUAGGAAAUAUUGCGAGACGAGAUUUGAUGGAACGUAAAUCACAUUGUUUUUCCGUUGCGGAGGCGAUCUCGUCUUUCUAUGAAACUGCGAUAUGCGUGUAUGUAUACAUAUAUAUAAAGAUACUCUUGAAAGAUAUUCUUGAGAAAGCAGAAGAAACUCUAAGAGAGCUAAGUCUAAGAGAGCUUGUAGUUGAUCCUACAUAUCCUCGUAAAUUAUGUAUUCAAUAAUUAUUGAACAAAGAGGUAAGAAUUGUGCGAAGGAGAUGAAUGUAGAAAGAGCUUGACUUAUGUACUAUACAUCGCGAAUUUAUAUAAAGCUGAAUCAGUUGAUCUCACGCGCGCAUUAAUCCCGCGCGGGGCAAGAUCGUCGUGUAGGGCAGCUAAUUUCCACACUUCAGCUUUAACUUAACUUCGUCCAUAAUUAGGCGAGAAUCUGCAGCAGAUUGAUACUUAAAAUUGCGUGUGAUAAAAAGGAGCGCGACAUAGUUUCUUCGCGCCCGAGCGGGGGAGAUAAUCUAUUUUCAGGAAAUUUCUCCACGUAGGCUAGGUAAUAGGAGCUAGGUAAUAGGAGACUAAUUGGCCUUUUGUUACGGCGGCGGCGAUCUUUUUACCGUUGAUAGUAUCUCGCUUCCUCAGAGACACCGUCUCCUCAGUCGCUCGUCGAAUCAAAGUCAAAAAGACAAUCCUGAACGCCACGAACAAGCGUCGCUAAUUCGAAUCGUUGACGAAUCGAGCGGUGAAAUGAACCGCGACGGACAGCUACUUAUAGCGUAACGUCUCGCACGAAGUCCAACGCUUUUGAUCUUCCCGCUGUAGAGAGAAGCCCGAUGAUCGCACGCCGAGACGGAGAAGUUUAGAUAGAAUCAUCUGCAGCACAUACAUACGUUUCAGCGUUUCGAGCAACUACCUCGCGUGAUGCCAUACCGCGGUGGAACAGAGACUGCUGUCAACCGUGGAUUCGCGCGAAGAUGAUAUUUUACGCGCGUAAAAAAAAGAAGAGAUCAUUUUCUAGCCGCGCAGAGGAGAAAUGAGAAACUCGCAGGAGAAACGUCGACUAUUUUGCUCUACAAAGCAAGUCUCUACGGGAGAUCGUAAGAGUUCGUUAAGAUACGCGAAUUUCGUCUUUAGCGACGUUUCUGCCGAAUAUGAAGAGGAUUUCUCGUUCCUGUAGUAAUAACGCGCCUCACAAGCUGAGAGGAAAAGGUUUCGACUGUAAGAUUUCAUGCGGACUGUAAUGAUAUAAUAAUGUAAUGAUAUAAUGUUAAGUAGAAUUAGAUGAGAACGAUAUGUAAUGAAUGUGAUAGAGCCGUUUCAUUUACGGUAGUUAGCGCGCCUGCAAAUCUAACAAAGUUAGACGAGUUUAUCAGAGUUUAUCAGAACGGAUCACGCACGCGUGCGUGUGUACAUAGAAUUGACUGUAUAAUUGUAUAAAUCGAUACCAAAGUGUAUUAAUAUCAAAGUUGCGUAAUAUCAAAGGCAGAUAUUUUAUCCGUUGCGAGUGAUCGUUAAAGACGGGUAGCUAUAUUUUGACAUUACGCGCGUCGUGCUCAUUAAAUUAUUGUUAGCGUUUAUGGUUAUCCAAGAUACGUAAGUUGGUCGACUUUGCGCCGGUCGAUCGUUUCAUCCACUGUUGGCCUCCCUUUUUCCCUCCGUUUGGAAUAGUGUAAAAUAUUCAAUAAAAUUUAAUGUCUUU